UGCACCCCACUUUUAGUUCACACUCCCUGGGCUUGGUCUCUGCGCCGCCUUUCUCGCCCCCUAGGUUUCUCCUCGACGUCCUUCUUGUCUUUUUGGCCUCUGACUUCCACCCCGACGCCGCGAGGUGGGGUCUCCUGGGGGCUGCCAGCUGCUCGCCAGCACACGCAGUUCCCCGGGCCAAGGGUCUCGGCCUGAGAGGUCCAGGCCAACGCUUCCCGAACUCCCACCUCUCCCAACUCCAAGAGCUGCUCUUCUUGCGCCCUGCACCCCGCUUCCUCGUCCUCCCCGGGGCUCCUUCUGGAGCUGUCAGAGGUCUGGGGUCCCACACCCCACGCGCGCGCGGAAGCCGCCUGCUCCCCAGCAUAAGGCCGCGCUUUCCUUGGGUCACGGGGGCGCAGCGACCUCCUUCGGACGGCGACGGCGGUCCCGACCCACGUGGCGCCCGGGGCAGCGUGGGGCAGCGGGCGCGGCUCCAGGCGCCAGGUCGGGCGGGUGCGCGCCCCGGACCCCGCCGCGCCGUCGCCCCCCUGCGCGGCGCCGGAAGCGGCAGGGCCGGCCCCCUCUUAUCUCGCGCCUCGGGGGCCGGGUCGGGAGAGGCGGAGGACGACGGCGACGGCAUGGCCCGGGGCUCCCGGGGUGCGCGCCGCCUGCUGCAGCUCCAGCUGCUGCUCUGCCUGACGCUUGGCGGGACCGCGGCGCCCAGAGCCGACGAUGUCUGUGCCACUUGCCAUGAACAUGCCACGUGCCAGCAGAGAGAUGGCAGGAAGAUCUGUAUGUGCAACUAUGGCUUCGUGGGCAACGGGAGGACCCAGUGCAUCGAUAAAAAUGAGUGCCAGUUUGGAGCUGCCGUGGUCUGUGGGAACCACACAUCUUGCCACAACACCCUUGGAGGCUUCUACUGUGUCUGCCUUGAAGGCUAUCGAGCUACCAACAACAAUAAAACAUUCAUUCCCAAUGACGGCACCUUCUGCACAGACGUAGAUGAGUGUGAAGUUUCUGGACUGUGCAGGCCUGGAGGUCGGUGUGUCAACACUCAUGGGAGCUUCGAGUGCUACUGCAUGGAUGGCUAUUUGCCCAGGGGUGGGCCUGAGCCUUUCCACCCGAGCAGAGAUGCCACGGUGUGCACAGAAAUAGACUGCGGCCCCCCUCCAGAGGUCCCGGGCGGCUAUAUCGUAGGAAAUUACAGCUCGAGGCUCGGCAGCCAGGUCCGCUAUAGUUGCAAAGAAGGAUUUUUCAGGGUCCCAGAAGAUACUGUGUCGAGUUGCACCCCGCUGGGCACCUGGGCACCUCCUGGGUUAUAUUGCCAAGAGAUCACCUGUGGUCGCCCUCCGGAAGUGCAGAAUGCCAUCUUGCUGGGGAAUCACAGCUCCAGGCUGGGCAGUGUGGCUCACUACGUCUGCCAAGAGGGCUUUGAGAGCCCUGGAGGAAAGAUCACUUCUGUUUGCACGGAGAAAGGCACCUGGAGGGAAAGCACUUUAACAUGCAGAGAAAUAAUGACAGCAAUUAAUAAUGUAUCAGUGUUUAACAACACUUGUCUGAGGUGGCAGAUAAGCUCAGGAGGGAUAAACUCCAAGAUCAUAUUUAUGAUAAACAUAAAAGGACAGCGGUCAGACCCAGUGGAAUCAGUUCACGAAGAGACAGUCAACUUGACCACAGACAGCAGGACCCCAGAAGUGUGUCUCACCCUGUACCAAGGCACCAGCUACACUGUGAACAUUUCCACUGCUCCUCCCAGGCGCUCUGUGCCCACUGUCCUCGCUUUCCAGACAGCUGAUGAUCUCUUAGAAAAUGAUGGACUUUUCAAUAUCUCAAUAUUUAAUGAAACAUGUUUGAAAUUGAAAAGGCAUUCUAGGAAAGUUGGAUCAGAACAAAUAUACCAGUUUAAAGUCCUAGGUCAAAAGUGGUACCUGGAUAACUUUUAUCAUGCAACAUCGUUUAACUUUACGACAAGUGAACAAGCUGCACAAGUGUGUUUGGAUCUGUAUCCAGCAACAGACUAUACAGUGAAUGUCACCCUGCUGGGACCUCCUGAGCCACAUUCAGUGCAAAUAACAAUGAUGACUGCACCAGCAGUAAAACAGACCAUCAGGAAUAUUUCAGUAUUUAAUGAAACCUGCUUGAGAUGGAGAAGUAUGAAGACAGCUGGUACAGAAGAGAUGUACUUAUUCCACAUUUGGGGCCAGAGAUGGUAUCAGAAGGGAUAUACCCAGGAAAUGAUAUUUAAUACUACGACCAGCAGCCAGUCUCCUGAGAUGUGUUUAGACCUGCACCCGGGUACCAACUACAAUGUCAGCCUCCGGUCUUUGUCAUCAGAACUUCCCGUGAUCAUCUCCCUUACAACCCAGAUAACAGAGCCUCCUGUUCCAGAAGUAGAAUCCUUCACUGUGCAGAGAGGACGUCUACCACACCUCACCCUGAGGAAAGCAAAGGAGAGAGGUGGACCUAUCAGUUCAUAUCAAGUGUUGGUGCUUCCACUGGACCUCCAAAGCAUUUUUUCUUGUGAUUAUGAAGGGGCUGCCUCAUUCUUUAGCAAUGCCUCUGAUACUGCUGGAUAUGUGGCAGCAGAACUACUGGCCAAAGAUGUCACAGACGAUACCAUGGAGAUAUCUAUUGGAGAUAGGCUAUACUAUGGGAAAUACUAUAAUGCACCCUUGAAAACAGGGAAUGAUUACCAUAUUGUAUUACGAAUCACAAGUGAAUGGAAUAAGGUGAGAAGAUUCUCCUGUGCAGUUUUGGCCCAGGUGAAAGGUUCAUCUCUCACGCUGGAGCAGAUGGUGGGUGUUGGCCUGGGCUCCAUAGCUUUGGUGAUGGCUCUGGCAUUCCUCUCCUUCCUAGCAGUGUGAUUGCAGAUGGUGCUGCAUGGCAAAGUGACCCUGCUAUUGAGCAGAUGUUCUGGCAGCUUCUCAGGUGCCUGCACAAAGGCCCUGUGUACGUCCAUCCUGAGGGUGUGUGGAAUUUUCUCCAUCCCCAGCCGGGGCUCGUUCCUUGAUUCAACAUGGUAGCUGUCUCCGUGGAGACCCCCAAAGGAGAAACUCAGGAAUUAUUGACCUUUUUCCUGCUUCAGGACCAGUUCUGAACUUGAGACCUUUGAUGUCCAGUGUCAUAUUGACCAUAGGCUACAGAUCACAAGAGUCUGGUGUGAGUGAUGCCUGAGAAUCAGCUUCUCUAGACACCAGAUACACAAGUGUUUCUGCGUCUUCCUUUAUAGCAUCUCUGCUAAUUAGAACCUAUUCUUCAGGACCUGUUCUUCUGUAGAAAGCAGUAAGAUGGACUUUGUUUAGAAUUUAACUUCAUGAAGGGAGUCAUUGAAAAGGACAAAUCAGCCCAACUCCAACGCUCAGGAACAAAGGAAGGGAAACCAAAAGAAGUUGAUGGCUUCUUUCCUUCUUUUUUAUUCUCUAGGAUAGGGCUAAGUGUGUAGGAAGAAAGAGAGGGGUGGUUACAGUGCACAAGGUGAGGGUGGAGCAUAUAUGAAUGUGGCCCUGAAUUGUUGCCCCUAAAAAUCUUAAAAAGUAGAAAGCUGUUCUGUGUGUUUUCCACUGUUGGAUGUUGGAGGAGGAGUAAGAGGAGGCUGAGUGGUCUAGUGCUGUGGUUUGGAUAUGAUCUGUCUCCACCAAACCUCACACUGAAUUUCAACUAUAAUUUGUGCUGCUGUUGGGGAGGUAGGGCCUUGAGGAGGUGAUUAGGUUAUCAGGACAGAUCAAUGCCUUUCCUGAGUGUGACUGAGUUUGAAAUGGUGUGAGGCCCUUAUCUGAAGCUGAACAGAUGUCCGACCACACCCUUGGACUUCCCAGUCUACAGAACUGUGAGCCAAAGUAAACCUCUUCGUUUUACUAUAAAUCAUCCAGGUAUUGUUAUAGCAACCGAAAAUAGAGGAUGCCACCUGGGCUUGUGGGCAGAUGAAGAUAAGACAGGAGCAGGUGGAAACUGUCCAUAAAGCUGUUCCAUACCAGCUUGAUGGGGUGGGGUGGGGUGGGGUGUUCAAUUGGGAAAGAGAAUUGGCGAUGAUUUCUUGGCUUUGUAUAUUCAGUGUCAGCUGCCGGCCCUGGCCCCCACCAGGAUUAGGCAGCUCUAGGAGAAGCUGUCCCCUGUUCCCUGAGGCACUACCCUAGACUGUAAUUUAGGAUCAACAUUUGAAGCCUUUCUUGCUCUCAUCUUAGGUGACUUGUCCAGUAGGGCUCUCAAUGGACUGAUACACACAGCUUCCUGCUUUUUAAUAUUACUUGCUGCAGUCAUCAAAAUCACACAGUUUUUUUUCACAGCUCUUGGACUCAAUUUGGAAUCACUACAGAUUAUUAUAGUGUAGCAGAUCCUUGGAUGAAAAAGGAAUCCAGGGCAUCUGUAACAAAAGAGAAAAUCCGCCCUCUCCCCAUUUUGUUGCCAGUUCUGUAAACACUCUCUGUUUUUGUAUCUCCCUAAUUUCCCACUCUGGAAUUAACUGGUGCAGUUACCCACUUGGGGCUACAGCUGCCCCCCAAAAUAACAGUUGGCUAGAUGGGGAUUUAACAUAAUUGUCCCAGAAAGAAACCUUCCUUGUUUAUUAUAAAAAGUUUGGGUUAAAAUAACUAAAUAUUACAUAAAGUAGCUUCUGGGUACAGUGCACAAAUAUAAAAACAGUUCAUGUACAAUUACUAAAAUAGCAAAAAUGUGGGCUUUGUCAUUUCUUCUGAAUGUUCUAAAUUAUAAUUCAGAGUUUUCUCAGUGUUUUUUUUUUUUUUUUUUAGUUUUUCAGUGUUAAUGCAGAUGCUGAGCACUUGUGAAAAAGAUGCUUAAUUUUCUUCUACUUCUUUUCUGAUAGUUUUCUCAUAAACAUGAUGACAGCUUUAAUUUUUCUAAAUUUGCCUGGUAGCUUUACCAUAAUACAGAUUUCCCCUCUUCUGCGUGAAUUCCUAGCUAAAGGGGAAAAGAGGGUGACUUCAGGAAUUGUGGUCAGUUUUCCUGGGAGAACGUAGGGUCCAUCUUCCAGGUAGUGCCCUGUAGACUAAGUCACAGAGCCAGCUCGUGAGGCUCACUAAAAAACCUCAGUCCCACGGUGAGGCUAGAGGAAGGCUCUUCUCCCCAUGAACUGCCUUGGGACCAGUGUAUAAAAGUGAGCACUUAGUUCUGGGCUGAGCUCCCUUCUAGAUGAGAAAACAAAACUGAAGGGCUUCUCAAACAUGGACACAUAUUUUCUAGUGGUGUGUGUGUGUACGCAUGUGUAGUUUCUGUUCAUGUCCUCAGCUGUACAACAGACACAUCCACAUGCAAUUUUUUUUUUCAUUACAUCCCUGAACAGGGACGUCUGGUAGUCAGGAUGGUGAGUUUCUUUUUAGAACAAUGGCAUGGGUCCAGACACAUCUGUGCCUUAUGGGCCAAGUGUUCGGUCAGCAAGUCUAGUUUUCUUUCUUGGCAUUUGCUAGCCCCUGAACUAGCUGCUGAGCUAAUUUUUGGACAGCGUUUUUGGUUCAUGUCUAACAGCUUUCUGUAUAUUUUAAAGUGUUACUUUUCUUAAAGCAUGUGGGUCUUAUAUAUCUGUGUUUUCCCUGUAAGCUACCUCACCCAUCACUUCUAUGAGGGGCCACAAAUGGCAAAGCAAUUGGAUGCAGGUUCAUGAGGAAAAAUAGGUAAUAGUUUGUCUUCUGGUAUUGGAGAUGAACACUUAAAACCGGAGCAACAGUGAUUACUUUGAAAUUCCACAUUAGCUUGGAAUAAAGUUAACAUUUAAGUUGUAAGGAUGUGAAAAAGAAUUCUCAUGCUCCUUUUUGAUUGCUAGCACCACAUUCUGAUUUUCUUGACCUACUGAUUUUGUAGCCUAUUUUUUCAAGAGAAAACAACUGGUAAUGGUGGUCAACCUAAUAAAAUUUAAGGACCUUUUGCCUUGAUUAAAACCAAGUGCCUGCUUCUAGAAGGGAAGGUCAUUGUGGCCUGUGGGCUGUCUAGUCUGUGGGCUGCUGGUGAUACAGUGAAGCAAAUCAAUUUAUAAAGCAAUGCAUACUCUUGUUGUGGAGAGACCCAGUGCAUGGAUGGACAUGGUAGGUAUCACCCUCGCCAUACUUUUUGGGCACCAAAAAAAAAAAAAAAAAAAAAAAAGUGCCAAAUGGAAUCAAAUUUGUGUCAUUUUGUAACAGGUUUUUACUCAUCAACAUUUCCUGGAUGUAUGUUACUUGUCAGUGAUGACUGCAUUACAAAUGUGUGUGAUGAUUGAUUUAGUCACAUGCAGAGUGUUACCAGAUGUUCACUAUCCUUAUACGAGUCUGUGGGAAUGUGAGCAGUCACCACUGAGGUUACAUUCCUAGAAGUGAAGUUGCUGGAAUGAAAACUGUAUGUACUUUAUGCCAUGUUACAUGUUGCUGAAGAAGUUUCCCAGAGAAACUUCUUUGUAUUUGCAGCAAAGGAAAGCUUCAGUACCACUGGGCAUUGCUGAUGUUCUUCAUCUUGAUUUAUCUGGUAGGGGAAAAAUGAUGUUUUAAUAUUUUGUUUGCUUUUCUCUGGCAAUUUUGUAUGCUGAUUGGCCAUUCAUAACUCUGUCUUUGUGAAUGGCCUUUAAAAAAAUCAGUACUGUAGUUGGCCUGUUUUUCUUUUAUUGAUUUGAAAAAGCUCCUUAUAUCGUUGUAAUUUUAAUUAUCUGCCAUAUGUUUUGUAAACAGUUUUUGUAGUUCAUCAGUUUUGGAAAGGAUAACUUUGCUUUUUUAAAACCUUGUUUUUGUUAUAUAUUGCCACAUAGGAUUUUAAAAUUUAUAUGGACAAAUUUAUCAGUCUUUCCUUAAGUAUUUUCCUUCUGGUGUUAAAAGUUAAAAAAAAAAAAAAAGCUUUGAAAGUCCUUCCAAUGUCAAGGUAACAAAUAGGUUUUUUUGUUUGUUUUUUAAAAAAACAUUUAAACUUUUGAUCUAUCUGAAAUUUAUUUUAGCAUGGGCGUGAGUUCACUGGGGAUGAGGAAUGAGGAGUCUUUUUAUUGUUAAAUGGUUUAAUUAGUUGUCGUAUUAAUAUUCAUUGAUUAUUUCCCCCUAAUGAUUUGAUCAUGUAAUGAAUCACAUACAUAAAUCUGUUUCUGAGCUUUUUCUUUUUCUACUGAUCUAUUUCUGUGCCAAUACCACCUGCUGUAACUUUAAAAUAGUUUUAAAAUACUGGCUAAAUGUAAGUUGCUACUCUUUUUAUGUUAAUUCUCAGAGUAGUCUCAGCUUUUAUUACAUAUUUAUUUAUGUAUAGGUAUUUAUUGUACAUAAACCAGAGAAUAUUUCAUCAAGCUCCUCAUUUUCUCUUUGGGGGAGAUGUGUUAAAUAAAGAGCACGCCUAUGCCAGAA